AAAAUGUCGACCUCCCAGAAAGUCCGGGCUUCGGAGCUUGCCUCCAAGAACAAGGCCGACCUCCUUGCGCAGCUCACCGAGCUCCGCACUGAGCUCGCUACCCUCCGCGUCCAGAAGGUCGUUGGUGGCUCGUCGUCCAAGCUCACCAAGAUCAACACUGUCCGCAAGUCGAUCGCGCGUGUCCUCACGGUCAUCAACCAGAAGCAGCGCCAGAACCUCCGCGAGUUCUACAAGAAGUCGAAGUACAUGCCCCUCGACCUCCGCUACAAGAAGACUCGCGCCAUCCGCCGCCGCCUCACCACCAAGGAGGCCAACGCCGUCACCGUCAAGGCCCACAAGAAGGCCAUCCACUUCCCCCAGCGGAAGUACGCCCUCAAGGCAUGAGCGGUUAGACCUUUGGGCCUGAGGAUGGAUGCAUGAGUGUACUACCAUCGAUUUCGCGGAUGCCAUGGAUGCCAUGAGCUGGAUGGACGAGAGAUGGACGAGGCCGGCGAGAAGGCGGUCAGAGGAUCAGAGGCCAUGAACGAAGAUGAUACGCGAUGAUGUUGCCUGCACGCGGCCCAUCGUCCCACGGAAGACGAGCCCCAGGCGCGGGAAGGAUGAGGGUGGUUCGCGGCCUGCAC